CUAAUAUAAAGUAACCGCAUGCGUUCACACUUCACACUGCAACUCGUAACUUAACAAACUAUGAAAAUAUUGCACGUUCCUUCCCUGCAAGACACUUAUUCCUACAUAAUCGCUGAUGAGAGCACCAAAGAAGGUGCAGUAGUGGACCCUGUAGAGCCUGAGAAGGUUCUUGAAGUCGCCAAUUCUCAUGGGAUCAAUCUCAAGCUCGUUCUCACCACACACCAUCACCGGGAUCAUGCUGGUGGAAAUGAAAAGAUGAAGCAAUUGGUCCCUGGAAUCAAGGUGUAUGGUGGUUUGGUUGAUAACGUCAAGGGUUGCACUGAUAAGGUUGAAAAUGGGGAUAAGGUGUCCCUUGGGGCUGAUCUUAAUAUAUUGGCUCUUCACACACCUUGCCACACCAAAGGUCACAUAUGCUAUUAUGUUACUGGCAAAAAGGAUGAGCAACCAGCUGUUUUUACUGGAGAUACACUGUUUAUUGCUGGUUGUGGGAAAUUUUUUGAAGGAACUGCUGAACAGAUGUAUCAGUCACUCUGUGUUACAUUAGGUUCAUUACCAAAGCCAACCCGAGUUUACUGUGACCAUGAGUACACAGUGGAGAACUUGCAAUUUGCUCUGACAAUUGAGCCAGACAAUUUGAGGAUACAACAGAAAUUAACAUGGGCUCAGAACCAGAAGCAAGCUGGCCAACCUACAAUUCCCUCGACCAUUGAGGAAGAGAUGGAAACCAACCCAUUUAUGAGGGUUGAUCUACCUGCGCUCCAGGAGAAGGUAGGUUGCAAGUCUCCAGUUGAAGCUUUAAGAGAGUUACGGAAGCUGAAAGACAACUGGAAGGGCUAAUGGAAAUACUGCACAUGAUGGUGUGUUUAUAUAUACAGCUUGUAAUAGGUUUGUGUUGAUGAAACUGAAAAGGAGAUAUAAGACACUUGUCAUGUUAGAGACGUGGAUUGUGAUUUGCACGUACUAUCAUUUAGACAGACACAUAUGUUACGUUAUGUUGGUUAGUCUAAAUACUAAGAUGUUCCAUUUCAUUCAUGUCAUAUACUUGUGAACUUGAAAUACAUUCUUUCCUCCUUUCUCUGUUUGCUGCCAAGUAACUUCCACCCUCUAAAUUUAAUAAAAACGUGAGUGUCAAUGUGCCAUUGAAAAUAAUGGCCUGAUUUAUUU